AAACACUCUUUUCCUCUGCCCAUAAUUUUCUCUGCCGAUCACUUUCCCCCCUCGCCGAUUUUCCCUCUCCCCAAACACUCCCAAUCGUCUCCCUCUCGAGACUCUACAUCCUCCGUGGUGGUCGGAGAUUUUCUCUUUCCUCUCAUCGAUCUCUCCGUCAGUCGCUCACUGUGGGCUCAAGAACUCUCUGUGCAUAAAUGCCAGCUGAAAACCCCAAGACUGUUAAUUCUCUAGAUAUUGCAAUGAAAUCAGAGGAGCCUAAUGAUUCUAUGGAGACAAUUUUCAGACAAACAAUGGGAAAAGAUUCAUUUACUCCCUUCCAGAGGCCUGAGAACAACACUGUCCAAUGGAUUCAGUUGCUUCAGGCUUUAGAUCAUCAAGAUCUUCCAGGGUGGCCUUUGCUUACUCCUUUGAAGGUGCAGAUGCAAAAGUGUGAUAAAUGUUCAAGAGAAUUUUGUUCACCCAUUAACUAUAGGAGGCAUAUGCGUGUGCACCAUCGAUUGAAAAAGCUUGAUAAGGAUUCUGCCAAUAAUAGAGAUCUGUUGGGAGCAUUCUGGGACAAGCUCUCUGUUGAAGAGGCAAAGGAAGUGGUAUCAUUCAAGAAUGGUACAUUGGAGGAAGUUCCAGGGUCUUCAGUUGUAAAGGCAUUGACAACACUUGUAAGGAAAUCAACAUUCCCUGCUUUGCCACAAGUCUGCUUGAGAGCUGGUUAUGCUCUUCUGGAUAUCAUCCAAGCUAGGUCUUCAAGGUUUCCUAUAUCCUCCCAGGAGUUAUUCAGUAUCCUUGAUGAUGCAAGUGAAAGGACAUUCCUAUGUGGCAUGGCUGUAUCAAUGCAAAAAUAUGUUUUUGAUGGUGAAGCAGGAAAGAUUGGUCUUGAAACGAAGAACCUGAUUGCUUGUACCUGCUUCCUGUUGGAACAGAAAUUGGUCAAGGCCUGGCUUGCUGACAAGGAUGCUGAAGCUUUGAGAUGCCAGAAGUUGCUGGUGGAGGAGGAAGAGGCUGCUCAGAAAAGGCAAGCAGAACUUUUAGAACGGAAAAGGAAGAAAAAGCUCAGGCAGAAAGAACAGAGAGCAAGGGAACAGAGACAGGUAGAUACAGCAGAAGUUAAUGACAAUAUUGGUGAUUCAUCAGAGGUGGUACCUCCUGUGGAAACAUCUAGCCCUUCAGCUUCAUCUGAUCAGGACAGACAAAAUUUAGAGACAUUAGAUGAGAUUACAUCAUCUGUCGAACCUGUCCAGCUUUCCAAAAAUGAUGAGGAUGUUGAGUUUGACCCUCAGAUGAGGUCUAGUGAUGAGCAUGACGCAGGCCGUGGUCAGGAUGUUGAGAGACAAAUGGUGCAAGGUGGACAUCGGCAUAUAGUUGGUGGUCGACGGCUGGCACCACCAAGAUUACAGAAUGGAAUUUCCAAUGGUUCCCAUGCUGGUCUGAGUUUUCAUUCAUCUAAGUUUGGAGGCAUGCAAAAGCGAUUAACCAGUGAGAACAAAAUGUGGAGCCAAAAAUCUAAACCAGUGAAUGAUGUAGAGAGUUUGAAAACCAGAGCACAUAUAAAGGCGAUUAACCAACCUGAUCAACAGAAGGCUAACGAGGUUUUGAUUGGUUCCAUUCCUGUCACGCUUGAUUGUGAACGUUAUGAGGCUACUAAUGUUGCUAAAGCGCAAGAUUGUUCCCUGGCAGAAAAUCAAAUACCAAAGAAGAACAAUCUUCAAGAGAAGUCUAGUAAACCUGAUUCUGUUCAUAGUGGCAAUCGAUCAACAGGAAAGUUUUGGAGGCCAGUGAGUCGUGGAAGCAGAAAUGCAGUGCCAGCUAACAAUGGCAGUAGAGAAUUUCAAGCAGAAGUAACUGCUGAAAAGGGUGCAGAUCAGAGUCAUAAGACCUCCUUAAGUGCAGGCUGUCCAACAGCAGAUGUGAAUGAUGUUGUUAACAAAUCCUUAGCCUUGGAGAAAUAUGAGCAUGCUAAAAACCAUUUUCCAUUUGACAGGAACAAUGCAAAAGAAUUUCUUGAUCAGAGGUGGAAGGCAGCUCUUGAAGGUGGACCUGUGAUCUUGAAUCUUUCUUCAGAUAGUGAAACUCCAAGGAAUUCUGCGGCUGAAACUGAAUCAUCAGAUUUGCCCAAAAGUGAAAAUCUUGGCAUUACAGACCACCCAGUAAACAGGGCAAGUAAUGCUGGUGUGCAUGAGGCUUCAACUGGAAAAGCUACUCAAGCCAAAUUCAGAACAAAGCUUGAGAAGGGUGCAAAACUAAAGUACGUUCCUAAACGAAGAAUUAGUACCUAACAACAGGAAGAUACAGUGAUCUUUUAUUACUGGGAUUUGCACAGUGUAGCAGAUGGUGGUAAUAUUGUAGCAGAGGUUCCAGUUUUACCAGUGGUCUUCUGUCAGAAAAUUGAAAAAGCGGUAUAGUACAUGACUAGUUUAGCUCAAUUAUCAGAAUUUUUGUGUAAUAAAUUCAGGUUUUAGCCAUUGAAAAGGUCUUUUUGAUUUUGAGGUGGGAAGUGUAAGGUUUUCUCUUUCCUAUUGCUUCAAUUUAUUGAUAUUUGAAAACUAAGAGCAUUGAUUUUUUCACCAGACAGGGUAGAGGCAGCAUGACAUGAAUUUUCAUGUAUUGUUUUUCUUUCCUAAUGGUAAUCAAACAUGUAUUUUUUGAAUAUUACUUCAUCCUGGUAAAUAAAAUUCAGGGCCCUUA